AUGUGGUGCCAGUUCCGCGCCGCGGGUGAUGCAGUCUUGCUUAUUCUAGAGCUUUGCAUAGUGUCAUGGAGUUUGCUCCUUCCCUGUCCCACCGAGGACCUCGAGAAAAAUGGAGAGGGAGACGCUCUCAUAGAGACCGUCAGGCAAAUAACGGAGGCACUGAUUUGGGGCGAGCAGGCGAACCACAGCCAGUUCUUUGAUUUCUUUUGUGAAAAGAGCAUCUUCUCGGACCUGGUGCACGUCCUUGGACUGAAAAGGGCUUCGAAGAAGGUGAAACUGCAGCUGCUGCAGACGCUGUCGAUGCUCAUUCAGAACAUCCAUCGCCAAACGUCCGUCUAUUACAUUCUCAGCAACAAUCAUGUCAACAAACUGAUGUCCACGAACAUGGACUUUGACGAUGAGGAGGUUCUGGCUUACUACAUUACUCUCAUGAAGUCGUUGGCAAUGCGUUUGGACAACGAAUCCAUAAAAUUCUUCUUCAUUCAACAUCCUGAGCCAUCCUUUCCGCUCUACAUUGAAGCCACAAAAUUCUUCAGCCAUCGUGAUCACAUGGUCCGGGCGACGGUGCGCACAAUCACUCUGCAGGUCUACAAAAUUGAGGACCAGCCAAUGCGUCGGUUUGUGCUUCGACACGCUGCAGAGUCCUAUUUCAGCCAGCUUGCAUAUCAUCUGCAAGACUUGUGGUUGCGCCUCGACACUGCAGCUGCGAAAGCUACUGGCGAGGAUAAUUUGUCCGCCGUGCAACGUGAGAAUGAACUGCAGCAGGACCUCCAAAUCUACUUGUCCGAUGUCUUUGAACUGGGCAUCGACGAGCUUAAUGAGGUCCUUGCAGAUCGUUUGCUGAACGCCGCCAUUCUGCCGGUUCUGCUGGCGGGUUUGACAGCUUCGCCACCGCAGCGUGAGGGUGGUACAGCUCGAACUUUGGCGCCCCACGUGUCACUGUUCCUCGUCCGGCAGGUGCUCGACACCUUCCAUUGCCCCGUCCUUCUGGAGCCAAUGGCACAGGCGCUUCUGUGGUCAUCGGUUCCAGCGGCCUUGGCGUAUGUCCUUCCUGGACAGGUCGCCAGCGUACCUUCUGGCCACGGGGCCGACUUUGUCCAAAAUCCGCUGCAGGACAACUUCAUGACAACCUUGAGGUCGUCCGAGGAUCGCACUUUCCUCAUGGCGGCGUCGGUUAUUCACAGCUGCACUGUGAAGAGGAAGGUCUUCUCAAGUGACUUUCUGACGACUGCGCAGGUGCUCCCAAAGCAAUCGGCAGCUUCGAAGAGUUCGUCCGCAUCCUCGGCAUCCCGGUCCAAGGCUGCAACCUCGCCGGCACACUCCGACACGCUUCCACAGGCCCUCUCCUUGCUUCUGCAGGCAAUUUCUGAGCGAAUGAGCUGGCAGCCAAAGCCGUACAUGGCGUUGGCCAUUCACUCGGCGCUCGGGUGUUGGAAGCUAACAUAG